CAAACACUUGUUUGCUUAAUUGUAGACACACCGAUCAGGUGUAUAAGCACUAUAAAAAGCAGCAGGUGAGUUCAUUGGUCUUCAAGCACAAUGGAAAGAGUCAGAGAAAGAGUAAGACGAGGAGGAGAACGAGGAGGAGGACAAGGAGGAGGAGGAAGGGGAGGAAGAGGAAUCAACAGAGGAGGAAUCAACAGAGGAAGAGGAAGAGAUGGAGGCCAUGCUGGAGGUAGAGGUAGAGGUAGAGGAAGAGGAAGACAAGAAGGUGCUCAAAGAGGACCGAAUCUGACAAAUGAGAUCCGCGCAACACUGGUUGACCACGUUGUCAACCACGGCCUGACGCUGAGGGAGGCUGGACUGCGAGUACAGCCAAAUCUAAGCCAAUACACAGUGGCAAGUGUGAUAAGAACAUUUCGACUGGAAAAUAGGAUUGAGGGUCAGGAACGACAAGGGGGAAGGCCUCCUAUGUUCACAGAACAGCAAGAGAGGGAGAUAGUAAACAUGGUUUUGGCCAACAAUGCUAUAACACUCAAUCAGCUCCAAAUUAACAUUGUCAAUAACCACGCCAGUUUCAACGAUAUCCAUCAGAGAGUUUUACGAAUGGAUGGAGAGGAGAUCCAGCAUGAGUUCAUUUACAUAGAUGAGGCUGGGUUCAACCUGACGAGAACACGAAGGAGGGGAAGAAACAUCAUUGGCCACAGGGCUAUAGUCAAUGUCCCAGGGCAACGUGGGGAAGAGUUUUUCUCGGCAUGGCGGUGGAAGGUAUAUGAUCUCCGUCUCCAGGCUGAGGUACCCCUCAUCCAAGCCAUGGAGGAGGCCUGUGACCAGAUGGAGGUACCACCACACCCAACCAUUUACUCAUAUAAAACCUCCAUCAAUGCGUUCUUGUUGUGA